UCCAGCCAGCUACCAGUCGAGAGGGAGAGCACAAGGUGCCAGCAACGCAGUGUGUGACAUCAAGACUCUGGACUACAGCAAGUGUCGAAGUCGCUGUCACAGUGUCAACAACAGGUGUCGAGUCUUCAACCACAGCAACAACCUCUAAGAGCGCCUGGGUUAGCCAGUGACUGUGCACAGAUGGACCGGUACUACAUGUGAUGAGAGUCAACGGCCAACAACGAUAGUUUUAAGGGAGACUCAUUCAAGUUUCCAAAGCUGAGGGACACCUCAGAGCGAACCGAGACACCCGUGUCAAUCUCUAGUCUAAUUAAGUACUUUGGGCUCAGCAGAAGUGCUAAAGACGAAGUCGCUCACCUACCAAUCUACAGUUCAUCUACGACAAGUGACUACCUACGCCAACGCCUACACGUUACAUUUCGCAUCCGAAUCCGGCUCACUUGGCAGCAAAAUUGCGGUGAACAAAUAGGCGACGGCAAACAGAAAGACUCCCUGCCUGCGGGAAGUGGGUCGCAGAGUAGGAGCAGCGCCGUCGCAGCAGCGGGCGAGACCCACAGGUGACGAUUGACAGCACUGUUACACGGACUACGCGCUCCCGAGCCACCGACCAGCAAACGCGUAGCGCGGAAGUGUGACGCAGCCGGUAAAAGCCUGCGGACAGUCGAAAAGUGUGUGUGCGUAGUACACAAACGUUGUGUUCUGCUCAAGCGGAAAAGUGACAAUCACACAGGACAUGUGUCACCACAGGUUCUAACCCAGAUCGCCACAGCGCCCGCUUCCUGUUCGCAGACACCCUUCACGUGGACAUUACAAACAAGAUGCUCCGCUGGCCGCUGUCGGUGGCCUGCUGCGGCCUGCUGCUGCUGGCGCGGCCGUGCGCCGCGCAGUGCCCGUGGUCUGCCCAGCAGUUCGCAGACCUGUCGUCGGGCUGCGUGUGCGCCUUCAACUCGGCGCAGGAGCUGUCGGUGCAGUGCGACGGCGUCGACUGGGCGCGGCUGGUGCGCGCGCUGUCGCGCCUCGGCGCGCAGCCGCUGGACCUGCUCUACGUCACCAACAGCUCGGUGGCCGCCCUGCAAGACGGCGCGCUCGCUCCUCUGUCCGCCGUCCGCUCGCUGCAGAUUUCCGGCUGCGGGCUGCGCACCGUCGCCCCGGACGCCUUCCGCGGCCACGAGACUGUGCUUCGCAACCUCAACCUACAGGACAACGAGCUGGGCGCGGUGCCGUCGGCGGCGCUGUCGCGGCUGUCGGCGCUGACGCACCUGGACCUGUCGCGCAACCGCCUGGCGCACGUGCCGGCGGGCGCGCUGGAGCCGCUGUCGUCGCUGGCGACUCUGCGGCUGGCCGACAACGCCAACGUGACGCUGGCGGCGGGCGCGCUGCGCGGGCUCGGCGCGUCGCUGCGCAACCUCAACCUGCGCGGCGCGCGGCUGCGCCACCUGCCGGCCGACGCGCUCGCGCCGCUGCGCAGCCUCGCCUUCCUCGACCUCUCACACAACGCCAUCCGCGAGCUGCCGCCAGGCGGCGUGCUGUCGACGCUGGACUCGCUGGCGGCGCUCAACCUGGAGCGGAACCUGAUCCAGCAGGUGGCGCCAGACGCCUUCGCCGGCGUCAACGACACUCUCACCUCGCUCAGCCUGCUCAACAACCUGCUCACCGACUUCCCCGCAGCCGCCAUCAGCACUCUGGGCGAACUCAGGGUGCUGGACCUGGGCUUCAACCUGGUGGCGGAGCUGCCGGCGGACGCGUUCAGCCGGACGCCGGCGCUGACGCUGCUGGCGCUGGACGGCAACCCGCUGCGGCAGGUGGCGGAGCGCGUGCUGGCGCCGCUGGCGGGCUCGCUGCGCGGGCUGUCUCUGGGCGGGCGCGCGCUGCGCUGCGACUGCCGCCUGCGAUGGCUGGCGCGGUGGCUGCGCUCCUCGGCGCAGCUGCAGCUCACCUCGCGCGAGCGCGACCCACAGUUCUGCGGCAGCCCCCACCGGCUGCGCAACCGCAGCUUCGUCAACAUACGGCCCGAGGAGCUGACCUGCAGCGAGGACAACGAGUUGGAGGCGGAAGCGGUCAGCGAGGGGGAGGGAGAGGGGGAGGCGACGCCCGUGAAGUCCGGAGAACUGGACGCCGACGCUGGUGACGUCACCGAGUCGCCCCCGAGGCCGCCCGCCCCCAUCACGACGACGACGACGACAACCACCACCACCAUCAAACCGAGCUCGACCACCAAACCAAAGACUGUCGCCUCCACGAAGGCAUCAACCAUCGCUGCCACAAUUCGGCCCACGAGCACUUCCACAGCCACCACAACAACCACCAGCACCACCACCACUACCACCACCACCGCACCGCGCCCUACAACUACUACGGCACGGGCGCGCGCUCGGCCACCGGCGCAGCAGCAGCAGCAGCACUCCGGCUCGGUGGUGGUGACGCGGUCGUCGACGCCGCCGCCGCCGCCGUCGUGGCGCCGCCACCCGCCGCUUAUCCUGGCGACGACGCCGGCCGAGCCGGCCGUGGUGGUGCGCUCGGCGUCGCGCCAGGACGGCGCCGUCGUCAUCUCGUGGGACUCGCGCGCCGCCGACAUCCCCGGCUUCCGAGUCGUCUACCGCCUGUUCGGCGACCGCGCCUUCAAGCAGGGCCCGCCGCUCGAGCUCAGCGAGCGCGAGUUCAAGAUCAAGAACGUGCCGCCGCAGGAGUGUAUCGUGGUGUGCGUCGUGUCGCUGUCUGACGUCACGGUGACGCCGGAGACGGUGCCCGCGGCGCAGUGCCGGGAGGUGCGCACGGCGGCGGCGGGCGCGUUGCCGGGCAACAUGGACAAGAUCACGAUCGCGGCGAGCGCCGCCAUCUGCGCCACCGUGGUCGUGGCACUGGUCGUGUUUGUGGCGGCGUCGCGUCGGCGCUCACGCCAGCUGCGCACGCUGCACGGCGGCAAGGCGGCCGGCCGGCCCGCGUCGCCGCAGUUGCCGCACCCGCCGCUCUCCUCGCUGGCGGCGCUCGCGUCGCCCGCCGCCGCGCCACCGGGCUUCGGCCACAAGGAGUGGGACCAGGGGUCCGUUUACAGCGGCCGUAGCAUCCCGCGCCCGCGCGCCUACCACCUCGACCGCCAAGGCUCGCUGACGGCGGGCUGCGCCACGGACGAGGUGCGGUCGCACGCGUCGCACUUCAGCACGGGCAAGGGCGGCAAGUCGCGGUCCGUGGCCGACGGCCAGUCGCAGCACAGCUUCUCCAACCACUCGGCCAGCCGCUACCCGCUCGCGCCCGCCGCCUACUCCUCGGGGCUCGUCAGCUCGCGGCCAGAGCUACGACAAUCGCGGCAGUCGCUGGCAGCCACGGCGAUGACGUCAGAUCGCGCCUCCGGUGCGCACAUGCACGGCCACAGCCACGCGCAUGCGCACCGCGGCCAGGCCAGCAGGCCGCGCACGCGCUCCCGCGACCGGUCCGGGGUCGUGACGUCAUCGCGACCCGGCAGCCGCUACGGCUCGACGCACACGCUCAGCAACUACUGCGCCGAUCCGUCCGACAACUGGACCGACCACGACAUGGACAUCUACAUGGCGCGCAACCCCACCACGCGCGGCGGCCUAGUGCCGCUUUAGGGCUGACCCCCAUUUCUUUAUUGUGGACUGCAACUCCGAUUGCUCGUGGCACCGGGAUUGGUACGGUCUCUCUGAUGCGCUAGCACCGACAGGACAGUGCAAUUGUCAAUACUUGGUAAUUCGCUGGGCAUGAGGAAGAGCUCACACCAUCACAAAUAAAUAAGAUACGCCCUUCCUUCUAACUGCUUCCUUCAGUCAGCGAAGGCACACAGUUCUGGGAAACUGAUGUCGGAAUCCCAAUUCUAAAAACCAGUGACAAGAGCUGUUUCUGUAUUGCUGAUCAUGAAAGUCUGAAAAUUUAAAAAUAUAUGCUAAAAAGGCAACUGAAGGUAAAUGAUGAAGUACGACAGUGUUGUGUUUAAUCACUGUCACAGGAAUGAAAUUCUGAGAGUUAGCUAGU